GAUAGCCCUCCCUUGUCUUUACUGUUAGACUAGUGCGAGAGAAAAGAUUCUGUGCAUAGCUUUACUAAGAGAGAGAGAGAGAGCGAGCGAGCGAGUAGAGGAGGAGAUCAAUGGCGGAAUUCCAACAGAAAGCUUUUGGUUUAGCGGCGACAGAUAGCUCCGGCGUUCUCUCUCCCUUCCAUUUCUCUCGCAGGGACAAUGGAGAUGAUGAUGUAACAAUCAAAAUACUCUACUGUGGAGUUUGCCAUUCUGACUUGCACACUGUGAGGAAUGAAUGGGGUUUCACACAGUAUCCUGUUGUGCCCGGGCAUGAAAUUGCCGGUAUUGUGACCAAAAUUGGGAACAAUGUUGAGAAAUUCAAGGUUGGCGACAGAGUUGGAGUUGGGGUGAUAGUAAACUCGUGUAGGACAUGUGAUGUCUGCCAACAAGACCUAGAGAGCUACUGCCCUAAAAUGAUAUUCACUUACAAUUCCACCGACAAAGAUGGCACAAGGACAUAUGGAGGUUAUUCUGAUAUGGUUGUUGUUGACCAACAUUUUGUGCUUCGUUUCCCCGAGAACAUACCAUCAGCUGCUGGUGCUCCUCUGCUGUGUGCUGGAAUCACUGUCUACAGCCCAAUGAAAUACUACGGAAUGACUGAGGCUGGAAAGCAUUUGGGUGUUGCCGGACUUGGAGGGCUUGGCCAUGUUGCAGUCAAGUUGGGGAAGGCUUUUGGGCUGAAAGUUACAGUUAUCAGUACCUCUCCGAAAAAGAAAGCUGAAGCCAUAGACAAGCUUGGUGCUGAUGCUUUUGUUGUUAGUACUGAUGCUGCUCAGUUGGGGGCUGCAACGGGCACAAUGGAUUUCAUCAUUGAUACCAUUGCUGCAGUGCAUCAGUUGGCUCCAUUGCUAAGCCUGUUGAAGAUGAAUGGGAAACUUGUAACAGUGGGAUUGCCGGAUAAACCUCUCGACCUUCCUAUCUUCCCUCUAGUUUCCGGUCGAAAGAUGAUUGGUGGAAGUGACUUCGGCGGUAUAAAAGAGACGCAAGAAAUGCUGGACUUCUGUGGGAAGCAUGGCAUAACAGCUGACAUUGAACUGAUUCGCGCGGAAGAAGUAAACACUGCGAUGGAACGACUUGCCAAAUCCGACGUCAAGUACCGUUUUGUGAUUGACGUGGGAAACUCCCUCUCCAAUCUCUGAGGGCUGCAAACAAAUCCAAUCGUUUUUGAACUCUCAUUAAUAAGGGUAUUCAAGAAUUUGAACAAUGCUUGAGAGAUUGUUACAAUAGCAAUGCUAUGACAUUCUUAAAAUACCGUCAUAUUUGUUGCA